UUGCAGUUGCGUAUAGUGAGUCGAUCGGUCGGUUGUCGCCUGAAAAAGAGAACUCGUCGCGAACGAUAAAGCGAGAAAACUAUAGAAAAUCGAAUAACGAAAGUGCGUGGGUGUCAAGUGCAAGAGAGAAAACUGUAACUAAAAAUGAAAGCGUUCAUUAUCGCCAGUGUGUGUUUGAUCGGUCUGUGCAGCCUGGGCUCUGCACAGUUCCAAAACGGACGUCUCGAGCCACCAAAUCCACAACUCUGCGCUCAGCGGAUCAUUCACGAAAAGACACCCGAUGGCAAAGGCUACUUCUUCUCGUGGAGAGACCCUCAAUUGAAGGGCGUGGAGGAGGAUUGGCUGACUGCCAGAAACUAUUGCCGCAGGCGUUGCAUGGACUCCGUUUCUCUGGAGACCAGUCUGGAGAACGAAUGGAUCAAGCAGCGUGUUGUGGGCGAAAGUGUCAAAUACAUCUGGACUAGCGGUCGCUUGUGUGACUUCAAGGGAUGCGAGCGUCCCGAUCUGCAGCCCACUAAUGUGAACGGUUGGUUCUGGACAGCCACUCUGCAGAAAUUGGCACCCACCACGGAGCGCUCCCAGGGUGACUGGUCGCCCAAUGGCGGCAUUGGUCUGCCCCAACCCGAUAACCGUGAAUUCAAGCAGAACGGCGCACCCGAAAACUGUUUGGCUCUGUUGAAUCAGUUCUACAACGAUGGUGUCAACUGGCACGAUGUUGCCUGCCACCACAAGAAGCCAUUCGUCUGCGAGGAGAACGAUGCUCUGCUCAAGUAUGUGCGCUACACCAACCCCAAUCUGCGCAUCUAAGCCACGCUCAAGUUGGAUUCAAAUGUGAAGUUGCAAACGCAUGAAACGACAGCAAUUGCAACUUCAGAUAAACCAAAAAUGAUAUUUUACGUAAAUACUGCAUACUCUUUAAAGUACGUAUCUGGUUAGCAUGAGAAAACUCUGUUGAGUCUUCUUAUGCCUAAUACGCCUACUUCCUGAGUCUAUAUCAAUCUUCUGGCAAUAGUGUAUGUCUUACGUAUGAUUUUUUUAUAACAAUUUUCCCAAUCUAUGCGCUCUAUUCCUCAUCAAUUAGUUUAAUUAUUAAUUUUGUAUUAAUUUAUGAUUUUUUAAAUUAUAAUAUAACAUUCAAAACGACAUGUAAAACAUAA